CCCCGGGGUGUGGAGGUCCGUCCUGCCUGUCCUGCUCAGGUUUAAACCAUGGCCAAUGAACCUGUCAUCCUUAACGUGUAUGAUAUGUACUGGAUCAACGAAUACACUUCCAAUCUGGGCAUUGGAGUCUUCCACUCAGGCAUCGAGAUCUACGGCCGAGAAUUUGCAUACGGCGGUCACCCGUACCCUUUCAGUGGCAUCUUUGAAAUCAACCCCGGAAACGCCGCCGAGCUGGGAGAGACGUUCAAAUUCAAGGAGGCCAUUGUUUUGGGCACCACAGACUUCACAGAGGAGGACAUAGAUAAAAUCAUGGAGGAGCUCGGUAAAGAGUUCAAAGGGAACGCCUACCAUCUAAUGCACAAAAACUGCAACCACUUCUCCUCCUCGCUGUCCGAGUUGCUGUGCGGGCGGGAAAUCCCUCGCUGGGUCAACCGACUGGCCUACUUCAGCUCCUGCAUCCCCUUCCUGCAGAGCUGCCUGCCCAAGGAGUGGCUAACGCCGGCCGCCCUGCAGAGCCACAUCAGCCUCGGCCUCCACAAGGAGGAGCAGAACGAGUCGAGCGACGAGGACCCUUCGUCGCCGUCUGGGGCCGCCGCCGCCGCCGGCUCCUCCCACAGCUGCCGCCACACCCGGGUGUGAACCGCCCCGACACAUGCACUGACCUCUGGGCCUUCCUGCCACCGCCGCUCGUGGCGUCAGUAGGCUCGAACAACCGCCUGACCUCAUACUGUUUGUCCUCUGAGGAAAGAGGCAGGAAAACGAAGAGGAGAGCUGCCGCCAGAGACUUCAGAACUCGGCUUUUCCUCUCCGACAGCAAGACGACGGAGGCAAACUCUGACCUGAGCCCCGGAGGGCGGCUCGGCGGACUUUGACAGCAACCACUUGUAGAUCUGAAGUUUGUAGUACGUUAUUAUUAGUCUUUUUCCACAAACUUUUAAACCUUUGUCAGCCUUGUUCCCUGCCCUGCCUUCAGAGCUGCUUUUGUAGAAUUACUAAGUAGACACCUGAUAGUGACAUUACCAGGAAAAACUGCUAAUCUGCUCAAUUUCAACAAGUUCUCGUUCAAUAACCUCUAUGUGGCCUUCAGUUGAUAUCGUUGGCUCUGCUUUCUUUGUGUGGAACUCUUUUGUUUUUGGGCCAUUUUAGAGGGUUGGCAGGUUAACGAUUGUUCCCUAAUGGUUGCAUGUUGAAAGAAUUUGACAAAACAUCCGUCCAAACUGAGACAACUCUGAUCAUCAAGUAUUUCAUCUUCCUUUUCCUUUUCUUUUAAUUGGGGCUCGUUUUAAAACAGCAAACCGGCGUAACCAGUUCAUAGACGGUUGUUAACAAUCAAGGGCAAACACUGUUCAGAUUAAACUGAUUCUCGAGCCUCGGGCAGCCCGGUGAACAUCUCAGAGACACAAAGAAAGUCAAGCUGCUACUCUGACAAAACACUGACUUUGUGACCCAGUACACUCUUUUGUCUACGCUUUUAUAUCCAAGUGAUCUUUAUAUUAUAAUGGUGCGAUAACUUCCAGGACGUCUAAACACGAGCUGCCAUGAGAACGAAGAGCAGAAU